AUGCGAAGAAAAGAUGUGCACAUGUUUCCACCUGGAAGUUUGAACAGAGAACACAGUGUUUCAAAGGAGGAAAUUAAAAGAGCAGUGUUCUCCAUGCCAGAUAACAAAUCUCCAGAUCCAGAUGGAUAUGGAGCUUCGUUUUUCAAGUCUGCUUGGUCUGUUAUAGGAGAUGAAGUCACACUAGCAAUUGAGGUUUAUUUCAAAACUGGAAAGUUGCUGGGGGCUAUUAACUCUACAUCCAUCACUCUUAUCCCUAAGAAGAUCUACCAACAUGUCACUAGUUUUAGUGAGGUAUCUGGGCUUGAAGCAAAUCCAAACAAAUAUGCCAUCUUCUAUGGAGGAGUGGCUGAGCCUAUCAAGGAUACUAUUAAAGAAUAUCUGGGAUUUUCUGAGGGGAUUACGUCUAUCAGAUAA